AUGGCAGAGAAGGAAGGAGGAAUCAUGAAGAAGGGCCACGAUGAAGGCAUGAAGAUGGCGAUCUCCCUUCUGCAGAAGUUUGAGCUCCCGCAGGGGCUCCUCCCGCUGGCAAAUGUGGUGGAGGUCGGGUAUGUGGAAGGGACGGGCUACAUGUGGAUAAUGCAGCAGAAGAAGGUGGAACACGAGUUCAAGAUGAUAAGCAAGCUCGUGAGCUACGACGUGGAGAUCUACGGCCACAUUGAGAAGGGCAAGAUCCGGAAGCUGAAGGGUGUCAAGGCUAAGGAGCUGAUGCUGUGGCCACCUGUGAGCGAGAUCACCGCCGACCCUGUCUCAGGCAAGGUCCACUUCAAGAGCCUCGCCGGCAUCACCAAGAGCUUUCCGACCGAGGCCUUUGCUUCCGGCCAGUGA